ACACAGUUCACAGCACUACAUUGAGCAAGUGUGGCUGUGAGUCGGGCAGUAGAAAGUCAGUCAAGAUGCAACUUUUCUUUCUCGUGUUUCCUUUGCAGAACUCUCGAGGAGGAAGAGAAACAUCCUGUUGACUAAACGACUCCAUGGAGGUGGACGCGGGUCGAACAUCCCCCCCUGCUGCUUCAUCGGGUGGCAUUUCCUGCAGGGAUCAGGAUCGGACCCUGGGCAGCGCCGUCAUGACCAACAGAGAAGCCAACGUGGACUCCAACGACGACUCCACCGCUUAUCCUGACGUGGUCGUCAUCUUGUCGGACGACGAACACGACGUCAUGGCGGUGGAUGAGCUGCUCAAGCGUGUGAAGCUCGAGCGGGAUUUGGAGCCGAAGGCAGAAGGAAGACCUAUGAGUGAGAAAGAAACAAAACAAGUUGGAAAAAGGAAAAUCUUAUUGGGUCGUUUCUUCAAAAAGUAUGGUAAACGUCCCGACGGUGACGCUCCGGGUGCCUUGGAAGACGACAUGGAUGACGUCAGACGUGUCUGUUCAACGACACCAUACGGCGUCUACUUGUUCACAGGGCUGGAACUUGAUGCUGGACAGAGCAUCAGUAUUGUCCUAGUGGGCUACUAUGACCAGAGUUUGGAUGCAGGUGCUGUCAGACUACUGGACAGUCUGCAAAUGAGCGUUGACACAAAUCAUCACGUCUCAGCAAACGCAAAUCGGGAUAACACUCAGUCUGAUGUGACUCUUCUCUUGGAAAGUUUGCAGCGAUUUAAGCUUCCCCUUUCCAAACUGUCAGUGUUUUACUCCAAUGCAUCAAACCCCGAGGUGUUUGUGGCCAGUCUGAAGGCCUUUAAUCCGUCUUUGAUGUCGCUCUGUGGCCUGAAGGACCUCACAAGAAGAGCGUGCCAGACCUGGAUCGCCGGACCCUUCAGCUGCGUGGCUGACCUGAUAAGUGCCAUCUAUCAUUACUACUCCAUCAGCCCAUCUGCGAGCGCCAUGCUGAGGGGCUUGUUUUCGGCUGCUGACACGUCCCAACCCUCUCUUCCCGUGGCAGGGCAGCAUUUGCUAACAAUUCAAACAGUGCAGAGGAUGCUCACGUGCUGGGGCGAGCUGGUGAUGUUCUUCAAGUCUGUUGAGAAAUCUCAGGCGGCAAGUUGGAUCUCAGCUCAGCUGAUGGACGCUAAAGUCAAACUGAAAUUCCUGUUCCUCUCCAACACACUACAACCUCUGCUAGAGUUGCAGCAAAGCAAGCGCUCAGACCUUUGGGCGGAGCUGCAGCUGAUCUCCGCACUUCUCACCUCCUAUGCUGCUGUCUUCAGACCUGCUGCCAUGAAGCUUCUCUUCAAGACUCGAGACAUGUCGUUGUUCCAGAAAAAGAACACGCUCCUUCGUCCUGCUGAGAGGCACAUGAUCAGUUUUGCCAACGAUCCCUCAUGGGAGACCACAGUGGAGACUCUGGAGAUGGAAGCCAAGACAGAAUUCAAAAAUGAUGCCGCCGCUUUUUAUAAAUCAUCGCUGAAGUUGUUGGUGGAAAACAUUCCCGAGCAGCUGGACGAUGAGACCAUGUGGAAUGUCAGCAAGGUCCUCACACUCCUGGAAAACAUCAAUGAAGUGAAAUUGUCAGAGUCUGGAAUAUCCGAUUUGGGAGUUCGACUCGGCCUGUGUCGACCCGACUCACCUGAAAAACAAGAGCUGGCCAAUGACUAUCUGGCGUUAAUUAUGCACGCGAGGAAGCUGCAACAUCGGGACAAGGUCCUGACCUGGGCGAAGAUACUGGCUCUGGUGAGAUCAGACUCCACUUUGCAUCAACUCCUGCUGACCAUCCUGGCCCUGCCCUCCUCUCUAGACAUGCAAAGCCUAUUCGACAAGGCUUUUACAAGUGCCAAACCUGUGCAGUGCUUCAUGAUAAAAGUUGAAAAUGGACACAGCACAUCCAAAGUGCUGUGUGCAGCAGGUUCCAAAGGUGAAAGACAGACGAACGGACGAGUCUCAGCGCUUGGCCUGGCAACAGCUCCAAGCUUUUGUGAUAACUCUCCUGCUGUGCCUGAAGCAGAAACCAUCUACAUUGUCAGCGAUGAUGAAGACAAGACCAUGGAUUCCUCUGCCGCUGCCCCACAGGAUGACGGAGAUGUGUCUUCAGAUAUGGGGGCGCUGGUCUGGGGUGAGUUGGAGGGCUUCCCCCGCUGGCCCGCCAUCACAAUACCCUCCGAUGACGGUGAAGAUCCAGAGAUGACGAUGGUCGAGUGGUUCGGCCAGAAAAUGUUCUCAUCGGUUGCGACGCAGUCUUUGAAACCGUUUGGGUCCUUCAACCUGAGCUUCUGUCCAAAGUCAUUUGUCACCCUUCAAUCCUACCAAGAAGCAACUUUAUCAUCCCUGCGGGAAGCAGCAGGACGGUGCAAGAAGCAGUUCAAAGCCAAGUCUCAUGACGGAGAGUCACUCGCACAGGAGAUGCUUGACUGGGCAUUUGGAGGAUUUCUGCCCACUGGACCUGAUGGAUUUAAGCCGAGGGAGCUACAGAAGGGCGGAACCAAAUCGCAGAGCAGGUCACGUGUUAAAAGGAAGCUCAACACUUUCAUCUCCGCGGGCGAUAAGACCCAACACGAUGGAAAUCCUGAAGAGCCUAUAAACACACAGUCUUCCAGUGACCACUUGAAGAGGUCAUCGUUUAAAGCAAGACAGGUGCCAAACGAAGAGGAUGACGGGGAAGAGAAGGUCGUAGAUGUGCCCAUCAGCAAGUGUAGCAUGAAGAAAGGUCAAAAGAAGCAUGAAGAUGACAAAGACACAUCACCGGACUUUGUGCCGUUCUGUAAGAAGGUUGGCACCAAGGUCCAGAACAACGUCACCAACACGAGCGACACCUAUCUCCAGCCUGACCAGGAGCUCCGAGCACAGAUAUUUCAAAGAAUUGUGGACAUGGAUCUGGACAUCGAAGGCUUUUGUUUGUGUUGUGGAACCAAACAAGUGGAGAUAUUUCAUCCUCUUUUUAAAGGCAGCCUCUGUCACGAGUGUAAAGAGAACUUUACACAAACCCUGUACAGAUACGACGAGGACGGUUAUCAGUCCUACUGCACCAUCUGCUGCUACGGAAUGGAAGUUAUUCUUUGUGGCAAGGAAAGCUGUUGCAGAUCCUACUGCGCAGACUGCCUGAACAUCCUCGCCGGUGAGGGCACUUUUGACUCACUGAAGACGGUUGACCCGUGGAUCUGCUACAUGUGCCAGCCCCACGAGUCUCACCGUGCUCUGAUUCCCAGAGAGGACUGGAGCAUUCGUGUGCAGGAGUUUUUCGCCAACACUAGCGCCAUGGAAUUUGAGCCUCAUCGCGUGUACCCCUCCAUCCCUGCAAACCUCCGCCGGCCAAUCAGAGUCCUCUCACUCUUUGAUGGCAUAGGAACGGGCUACUUGGUGCUGAAGGAGCUUGGCUUUAAGAUUGAAAAGUAUGUAGCCUCAGAGAUUUGUGAGGAUUCGCUCGCGGUCACUGAGGUCCACCAUGACGGGAAGAUCACCAAUGUCGGGGACGCACGUUUCAUCACUAAAGAGCAGCUGCAGAGGUGGGGUCCCUUUGACCUUUUGAUCGGUGGAAGCCCCUGCAAUGACCUCUCCAUUGUUAACCCAAUCAGAAAAGGCCUAUAUGAGGGCACCGGCCGGUUGUUUUUUGAAUACUAUCGCAUCCUACACCUGCUGAAACCCAAAGAAGAAGACCCCAGGCCGUUCUUCUGGCUGUUCGAGAACGUGGUCUUCAUGAACACUCAGGACAAGAUCAGCAUCUGCCGCUUCCUCGAGUGCAAUCCUGUGCUGGUGGAUGCUGUGAAAGUGAGCCCGGCUCACAGAGCAAGAUAUUUCUGGGGAAACAUCCCAGGGAUGAACAGGCCAAUCACUGCUACGCAGAAUGACAAGUUAAACCUGCAGGACUGUUUGGAAGGCAACAGACAAGCCAGGCUUGAGAAAGUCAGGACCAUCACCACCAAAUCCAACUCCUUGAAACAAGGCAAGCAAAAACUCCUGCUGCCAGUUCUUCACAAUGGACGAGAAGACAGCCUUUGGAUCACAGAGUUGGAGAAAAUCUUUGGAUUUCCGAAACAUUACACCGACGUGAAGAACAUGAACAGGGGGGAGAGGCAGAAGGUGCUUGGGAAGGCCUGGAGCGUCCCUGUCAUCCGCCACCUCUUCGCUCCGCUGAAGGACUAUUUCGCCUGUGAGGAGAUGAAUCUAAGUACCAGCACUGCAAACCUUUCUUCCAGCUCUCAGUCCUCACCUGCUUCAUCCGAAGUCUUUGGUCUGAGAUGAAGGAGGAUGCAAACUUGAAGUUUAUUUGACUUGUCUAAUAAUGAACCUUUGAUUUUAAAUGGAAUCGCUGACUUGCUAUUGAAAAAUGCUCAUGUUUUUCUGUGUGGCUACACACUUUUUAGUCUGUGUCUAAAUUUGGGUUGACUUUUCAAAGUGAAUGUUGUGGCAUAUUUGCCUAUAUAUUUUUUUUUUUCUGGUGAGUCUAGAUGUGUGAACUUAAAACUGUGAGCAAAAAAGCAUUGUGAUGUUCACUCUCUGUACUUCACAUCAGUGUUAGAUCUUGGUGUUGGACUGAUUUUUCCUCUUGGUUAGUUUUGCAUUGUCACUUUAAUUCAGUUGAUUGAACAAGACGGCCUUGGUGUUCAAACUCAACCGCUGCAGUGGAAUGCUUUGCUAGUAUGUUGUUGUUGUUGUUAGGAAAUGUGUCCUGAUCAAAAUAUGUUGGAUUUAUGUUUAUUCCUUAGGUUUUACUUCUAUUUUUAACCUAAAUCUACCUCAUGUUUUCCUCAUCAUGGAGCCGCUGAAUGUGUAAAACAGUGAAAGUAUUUGUUGUUUUAAGAGUGUCUUCCAGAAAUCUGACCGUAAAUCAAAGUUCUGUUGUUAUUCUUCAUUUCACUGAAGUGGUGCUAUAUGAAUGGAACAUUUUGUGGGUUGUUUUGCGCCAUGGUGUGUAUUUUUGAGUGAUAUUUUAUUGUGAAAUUUGAAUAACGGAUGAAUGAAUUAAA